AUGAAUUUCUCCAAGGUUCUUUCGAAAGAGAUUAAGAAGAAGAGGAAAGGAAAAGGUGUUGAGAGAGGCGACAAGAGGAGAAGAUCAGAGAAGGGGGAUGGUCAGAAUUAUAAUAGUAAAAAAGUGGUCGAUGGCGCUGGCGUUAUCGAGUGUGAACGAGGAGUUGUGGGCAGUGACACAAAUGGGAAUGUGAAUACGAAUAGUGACGAGACGGCUGCAGCUGGUGGCGAAAGAACAGACAUAUCUGCUACUGCUGCAGGCGGCCAGGACAACAAAGACGACGCUGCCGCCUCCAAAAAUGCAGAUGCUACAACUGGGCUCCAGGUUCAACAACAACUACGAAUCAAUGCCAAGCGGGAACGGUACCGGCAGCAGGCGGCAAAGGAGGCUGCUAUUGACCCCCAAUUCUGCCUCGACCAAAUCUCCGCUAUCCACAAACACAAACUUGUGGUGCAACUCCGAGUCUACAUUAAAAGUCUCGUACACCAGUGGGAAAAAGCCACCGAAGCGCUUCCGCCAGAUUCUCCCCAGCACGAGUUACUCCUCGAUACAAAGAAGAACUUGGUGCCGUUACUCUACAAACUCCGAAGUGACGGUCUCACUGAUGAUAUGGUGGUGUCUCUCAGCACUAUCUGCUAUUAUCUUCAACACCGCCAGUUUCGCCCGGCAAACGAGAGUUACAUGAAACUAAGCAUCGGAAAUGUGGCCUGGCCUAUCGGGGUGCUCCACGUCGGGAUCCAUGCUAGAAGUGCUUCCCUGAGGAUUACUGGUGAGAAACUGGCUGCAAAUAUCAUGAUAGACGAUAAGACCCGGCGAUGGAUCACCGCGGUGAAGAGAUUGAUAACGUUUCUGGAGACCUACGAUGUGGUUCAAGAUACUGGUAUCGGUGGUGCUGACUAGGAUGUGUGAUGUGUGGAUAUUUUAUUAGUAUACACUGAGGGAGUAGUUAACAGGGCUUGUACCCUAAUAACCAUUUGUGACUGCGCGCGCCCUGUGCCAGUGGGUUUUUCUUCCACAUCGCUUUCGAAAUUUAAUUUUCUGGUUUACAGUAUUAGAUACAUUAAAGAUGGCCAGAGAAAUCAAAGACAUCAAGGAAUUCGUUGAAUUAGCCAGAAGAGCCGACGUCAAGUCUGCUGUUGUCAAGGUCAACAAGAAGAUCAAUGCCAACGGUAAGAAGUUCAAGCAAACCAAGUUCAAGGUUAGAGGUACCAGAUACCAAUACACCUUGGUUGUCAACGAUGCCGGUAAGGCCAAGAAGUUGCAACAAUCCUUGCCACCAACCUUGAGCAUCAAGAACUUGUAAGUUUGUGGCUUGCGAAGCGCCAUGUAAAUUAACUUUCCAUUUUUAUUUUAACGGUUAUAUCUAUAGCUUAAUACAAGAUAAUAAUUAUCUUAGAUUGAGGAGAUGUUGAACAACACCUAAAGAACAUCUUCCAUGUCGUCAUCCUCUUCCUCUUCUUCUUGGUCGUUAUUGUCAUUAUGGUUGAUAUCCAACCCGGCCUUGGCUGCCCGUUCGGCAUCUCUCAACUUCUUAUACUCAGGUUUUAAAUUGUACUUCGAGGUAUAAGGCCCCUUUUUGAUGAGGUUGGCUAUGGAGUCCAAUGACUCUUUCAAGUACGACUCGGGCUGCUUGGUUCUCUCUCUCAAGCCCUUGAUGGACCAGUAUUCAUAUUCUUCGAAUAAUCUGAACAAUAAGUCCAACAAGUCCUUCUGGGGCAUUCUGAUGGCCCUGCCCUCAUUUUUGUUCUUGUUGGUAUUGGGCUUGAGAAACACAUUGGUGCCUCUGCCCUUAAACGAGGGCCCGGCGUUGGACUGCAGCACGCCCGGAAUCUCGUCCAAUAAAACCACCUUAGGCCGGACUUUUUCCUUUUGGAUCGUGUGUUUUCUGGCCGCAUAGUCCUUGGCCCGUUUGUCGGUGAUGGAAGGUCUUAUCUGGCAAUCGUGGCAGAUUUUGCCGCAUAAGGCGGUCUUUUUGGGGAUGGUUUUCACAAACGGAACCGCAUCUGGGUUUUGAUUUUGGUUCUGACCAUUUCCGAAACGGUUGUACCGUCUUUGACGGUAGUCUUCCUCAACCUCUGGGGUCUUCUCAAUGGGCCGGUCGCUACUCAACUCGGUGUUUUCGGCUUUGAAUCGCUGAAGGUUCUCUUCCGAAAACACAUACGAGUUUCUCACCUGGGUGUUGAGAAUGGAGAUAUCAUAUUCCUGGGGAAUCUCGUCGUUGGCAGUGGAAUCAUCCACCACCAACUUGACCUCAAGCUUCUUGUGGCCGUUGGCGGUGGUGUUUCUGAUCUUGACUCUCCCGAGCUGUUUGCCCAUCAAGUUGGGGUUCUGCCACUUUGUGGCAAGGUAUUUGGGUAACUUGACCAACCAGAUUUUCUGGUUGCCGUUGGUGAGAUCCAUGUCCAAGGACUCGCCCUUUUCAAGAUAAUCUUCAGGGUCCGACAUGAGUUCGGGCUCAUCGACCUUGUCUCCAUUGUCUUCCUGUUUAAUUUCUUGCUUGACGUUGCUCAUGGGAGAAGAUGAAUGUGG